CCGAACUGAGGGGAAUUCUCAGAAAUCACGUGACCGCCGCGCAGCUGUUUUCUGCUCAGCCACAACUGCAAGUAGCAACCGGCCCGGCCCAGCCUCUGCUGCGUCCCGCAACGGGGAGAGGGGACCCCACUGCCCGCCCCAGGCCUGGGCUGGGGAGGGGUGAAGAGCCCCAGGCGCUGCCGCAGGAGCAGAGAUUGACUCCUGCCUGAGAACAGAUAUGGGCUGGGCUUCGAUCUUUAGACCUUGCAGUAAUAAAAAUAUGUCCAUAAAUGCCAGAUGAGGAACAAGAUUAUAUUUUUAUGGGUUUGCUAAGGGAAGUUUUGUUCUGGGAGUGAGGUGAAAAAAGAGUUGAAAAACAAAAGAGUCAGUAAGGUUUUGAAGAAAAGCAAAAGAGGCUCCUCAAACCUGUUCCCUUCAUCUGACGAGGGAUACCUGGAAAAGAGCCUGGUGGAUAAUCAGCUGAACAUGAGCUCCCUGGAAAAUAAGCCUGUUGCCGUCAUGGAAACUUACCUUUCGGUAGGACUGUGUGUGCAUCUUUAAGGGCUGAAGAACAGGACAGUCACUUCUCCGUGUUUAUUUUCUGAGUGGGUCGGAGCAUCAAGAGAGACACUUCUGUUCAGUGGAAAUCAAACCAAACCCUUCAAUUCAAUCUGCGAGGAGAAGUGGCUCUAAAUAACUAAUUACGCAGGCUCAUAAACGAAAAUAUUUGCUUGCAAUGGGAGAGAAGAGAUGAGGAUUUAAGAGAAGCUGUAAGAACCGAUGAGAUCAUGAAAACGCUGGGAAACGUCUGCCUGGGAUCCAUCAGAUAGUUACAAUGAAAAUGAAAUUAUCGUCUCUCCACCAUGGUUCCACAGCAAGAGUCUCUCUGCCUGGUUUCAUCAUUUUUCUUCAUUAAUUUACCGAUUCACAACGUGGUGUCAGCCCAGUUCACAGUCAUCGGACCGGAUCAACCUGUCAUUGCUAUUGUGGGUGAUGACAUUGUGUUACCCUGUCACUUGUCUCCCCCGACGAGUGCUGAGAACAUGGACGUGAGAUGGUUCCGGUCCCAUUACUCUUUCCUUGUGCAUCGCUAUCGUGAUGGAAAGGAUCAGACUGAAUCUCAGAUGCCAGAAUAUAAAGGAAGGACAGAGUUUCUGAAAGACGGCAUCAGAAAUGGAAGCAUUGCUUUGAGGUUACAUAAUAUCCGACCCACAGAUGAGGGACGAUACGUGUGCUAUUUUGAAUCAACUUCCUUUUAUAAAGAUGCCCAUAUGGAACUGAAGGUGGCAGCUCUAGGUGCUGCUCCUCUCCUCUCUGUUGAGGGUUAUCAGGAUGGAGGGAUCCGAGUGGUGUGCCAAUCAGCUGGGUGGUACCCAGAGCCUGAGGUUUUCUGGAGAGAUCUCACUGGACAACAUGUACCGUUGCUGUCUGAAACAAAAUUCCAAGGGGCUAAUGGCCUGUUUGAAACGCAAACUUCUAUAAUCAUAACAGAAACCUCAAACCAGAACAUCUCCUGUUCUAUUAGGAGCACUCUCCUCAAACAAGAAAAGGAAUCAAGAAUUUAUAUAGCAGAACUUUUUUUCCCGAAGAAAUCUGCCUGGAUUGCCAUUCUGUGCACGAUCCUGGUUAUUCAGGGUUUUUUUAUUGGCCUCUUAAUUUAUCGCUUGAAAACAAAAGAGAUGAAGGCUGCAGAAUAUAGGUGGAGAAACUGCCUCACAGAAGCAGAGAGGGUGACCCUGGAUCCAGACUCAGCAAAUCCCUACCUCGUCUUGUCGGAGGAUCGGAAAAGUGUCAGACUGGAAGGCGCAGAAAAGAAGCUGCUCGCCAACCAUGAGGGAUUUCAUUAUUCUCCCUGUGUGCUGGCCUCUGAAGGAUUCACCUCUGGGAGACAUUAUUGGGGGGUGAAAGUUGGGAACAAAGGAGGCUGGGCUGUGGGGGUGGCCAGAGAGUCUGUGAGGAAGAAGGAAGGAGUAGUGAUCCUUAAACCUGAGGAGGGGAUCUGGGCUGUAGAGCGACAGUGGUGGGGUCGGUUCUGGGCUCUCAGUAGCCCUAUGACAGGCCUCUCCCUAAGUAGGAAACCUGACAAGAUUCGGGUUUCUCUGGACUAUGAAGAGGGGCUAGUGGAAUUUUUCGAUGCUGAUAAUGUGGAACCGUUCUAUGCUUUCCACUCGGCCUCUUUCGCUGGCGAGAAAAUCUUCCCUUUCUUCCGAGUUGGGGGUGCAGGAGCCCAGCUCAGACUGUGUCCAUGAGAAAGGGUAUAUUAUUCCACUUGGACUCGCUCAAAUAUGUUCUCAUCAGCUUAGGAGAUCUUUCAUUACUAGAGAAGUAAAAUACCUGCCCUGCCACAACGAUUUAAUAACUCCACUUCCAUGAGAGGUGUAGAGUGAAGGUCGAUGUAGUUAUGUUGACACAGUGUCAGUGGAGACACUGAGUUACUGACAGUGACUGCAAAAACAACUAGGAGUCUUUGUGGCACCUUAGAGACUAACAAAUGUAUUUGGGUGUAAGCUUUUGUGGGCUAUGCCCAAAUAAAUUUGUUAGUCUCUAAGGUGCCACAAAGACUCCUCGUUUUUGGUGAUACAGUAGCCUCCGCUGUUGUUAGAAUUGAGAAGCCCUUUCUGUUUAAAUGAUGGCGUUUCUUAGCACUGGUGAUACAGACUAACACAGCUACCACUCUGAAACCUGUUACAUUGACUGUUACUAGCUUUCAGAAGCCGGCUUACAAUUUCCUCCCCCAGUUAAUGGAAAGACACUGAGACAAGUGGAAAUUGAAAAGCACAUUCCCAGCUCCAGAACAUUGUCAGGAGGGAGGUUUCCUCACUGAAUAACCAGGCAUCACCCUGGAUUGAAAGAAAAAAAAAAAAGCCUUUUAAAAACAGGCUUGGAGCUGAGGUUUGUCUCCAGAACUGGGGGACAGUCCAGAAGCAGAAGGCUGUUCCCUGAGUGACAUUGUGAUAAUUAAAGGGGGGGAGGAAGGAGCUACCUUUGAUGGACACCCAGCCAUCCUGUUAGUAAUAAAAUCCCUGUUAGUAGCUGUUCUCUACUUGCUUUACCUGUAAAGGGUUAAGAAGUCUGACUGCAUACAUAGGUAAAGGGAAGUGAGAGGGCACCUGGCCAAAAGAGCCAAGAGGAAGGCUAGAACUUUUUAAAAUUGAAACAAGACCCAUUUUGUCUGUCUGUUGUUCUCUCAGGCGAAGAGAGACAGAGUAGCAAUGCUGUAAGAAGCUUGCACCAGGUUUGAAAAAUCAAAUCAUACCUAGAACUACUCAUUUGAAACCCCAGAUAUGCAAGUAGAUAAGGAAAUGUCUAGGAAGACGUGAUUAGGUUCAUCUGUGCUAACCUUGGGUGCUUUUGUUUUGCUUGUAACCUUUAAGCUGGACCUCAAGAAAACCAUUCUUGAUUCUUAAUUAUUAUAUUUGCUCUUUUUAAAUCUAGCAAUAGCCUAAAUUCCAAAUGUAUUUUCUUUCUUUUUGUUUUUAAUAAAAUUUACCUCUUUUAAGAACAGGAUUGGGUUUUUGGUGUCCUAAGAGAUUUGGCAAUAUGUUGUACUUAAAGUACUGCACAGGAUCUUUUCAGGGGGAAUAAGGCAAAACACCACAUUUAUUAGUAAUACAUGUAUUCAUUAACACUGUAUCAUAUGCAUAUGAUUAUUUAUAUAUAUAUAUAUAUAUGUGUGUGUGUGUGUGUGUGUGUGUACACACACACAAGCACACUCCGUCUCGUUGUUGUUACCAAUUAGUUGCUCCCCCUAACUGCACUGGCCAGGUGAGUUAGAUGGGGGAGGGGCGGAGCUGGGCUACUGCUGGUCUGGAUCGAUGCUCCCAUGUUGACAAGACAAGACCUGGGGUCCUCUGUAAGACACCUCACCUUUAUAGCAGCUUCCCUCUUAUGCAAAU